AUGAACGAUUCGGACACAAGUGAAGAAGAAUCGGUAGCGGCUAGGGACCGUAAGAUUGCGGCUGCAGUUAUAUUUGCGGUAGCCUUUCCUGGAGCCAUAUGCAAUGCGUUGGUGGCGAUGUUUGCUCGUGCCAUACCAACACUAAACAAUCCAUUUGGACGACUGACAGCUAGUCAAGCUACGGGAGAAACUUUCCUAUGCGCUCUAUUCGCCUUCUAUUAUGUGCCCAUGGUGUUUUUGAAAAAAGAUUCAACGACCCAACCGACUUGCGCCCGCAUUGCCGGAUAG